AUGGGGGUAUGUUUGAAAAUGGGGGUUUAUAAAGGUGGUAAGGUCUGUUAUUUAGAUAACGUUGUUGAUGACUUUCUGUCAUUGCUGGAUUUAAGGAAGAUAGGGAAAGAGUUGGGGUAUACAAUAGAUGUUUCGAAAAUUGAGCAAACUAUGGAGAUUAGGUAUAGAAAGGUUGGAGAAAAGGAUGGUAACAUAUUGGAGCUUAUUACCUCUGAUGCUAAAGUAGUUGAAAUGGUUGGAUGCAUGCCAUGUAAUAGGGUUCUUGUCUUGUACUAUACAGAUUUGGAAAAUUCAAAUUGUAAUGGGCUUGGGAGUCAAGCAUCUGUUGCAUGGCCUAGUUUGGAUAGUGCAGACUAUAACUAUGAUGCAGAUGUAGAAAAUGAUGGGAAGGGUGUCACAUGGCACGCAUUCAGUGAACCAGGGGAUGCAGAUGCAGAUGUAGAAGUUGGAAAUGAAUGGGAAAAUGAGGCUGCAGCAACUGAGAAUGGAGAGGUUGGAAAUGAAGGGGAAAAUGAGGAAAAUGAUGCAGACUUUGUGGAUAGUGAUUAUGAAUUCAGUGAACAAGAGGAUGAGGUGCAUGUAGCUGAGAAUGUGGUAGUUGGGGGCCCAAAUGGUGAGCCCAAUGCAGGUGAGAACGUUGGGCCUACUGUUCAGCCCAAUGCAGGUGAGAAUGUUGAGCCUACUAUUAACCCCACUGCUGGUGAGAAUGUUGGGCCUACUGUUCAGCCCAAUGUAGGUGAGAAUGUUGAGCCUACUAUUGACCCCAAUGCUGGUGAGAAUGUUAGGCCUACUGUUCAGCCCCAUGGACAUGAGAAAGUUGGGGCUACUUAUGAAGCUCCAUGA